UUGACUGGAAGAGGAAUGCUAAUCCUACAAAUAGAUCUAUAAUGAAUUAGACUUGAGAACAAUCAACAAAUAAUAAACAGUCCCAAAUUUGUAGAUGUUGUUUGAUUCAAAUACCGAUUUAAGCAUUUGGCGCAUCUAAAAUUCAUCAAAAAGGAUGCGUGAUUUUCUGCCUAAUCACUUAGUGUAUUGUUUGGUAAUCAGGUUAUCCUGGACCUUUUUGGGGACAACAUCACCAAGUUUUCUUCUUAAUGCACUGUAAGUUAAAAAAAGUCAGUGACUAAUGACUCUUCUUAUCUCUCUGUUCACCCAUGUGCUUAGCUGCAAAAAUUCUAAAAAGAUGCGCCUAAUGACGGGUGGUGGAUGUGCGUCCUCUAGGGCCUCGUCGGCCAGAGAAGGAGGGGAGGAGCGGUUGCCGACGAGCGAGGUGGCUCUGUUUGGACCGGCCAUGGUGUUGGCUGUUGACUCCCACCGGUCUUGUCUCCCCCAACCCUUCCAUGGAGCUCGCUUAGCCACCGGCCGGCACAUCUUCUUCUCGCUCACAGCACCAAGCUGCAAAAAUUCUAAAAAGAUGCGCCUAAUGACGGGUGGCGGAUGUGGGUCCUCUAGGGCCUCGUCGGCCAGAGAAGGAGGGGAGGAGCGAUUGCCGACGAGCGAGGUGGCUCUGUUUGGACCGGCCAUGGUGUUGGCUGUUGACUCCCACCGGUCUUGUCUCCCCCAACCCUUCCAUGGAGCUCGCUUAGCCACCGGCCGGCACAUCUUCUUCUCGCUCACAGCACCAAGCAAAAUCAUUCUCUUGCGAGCGAGCGAAGGGAAACGAGCUAGCGUACCCCUCCCCCUCCUCCCAAACGAGCCCGUGUUCCCCUCCCCCUCCUCCCACCUCAAGAACCCUAGCCGCCGCCUCCUCCUCCCUCCCACCGCAGCCGCCUCCCCACUCCCCUCUCGUCCGCCCCGGGUGCGGAGGCGAGCUUCCCGGCGACGGUGGCGCCGGCUCGAGGCGGGGGAGCGGCCGAUGCGGGGUCGGUUGGAUCGAGGCGUGGGAGCGGCGGAUGCGGCGGCGGCGGCACGAGAAGAGCAACGGCGGCGGCAUCGACCUAUGAAGAGGCGAGAGGAGCGGUGGUGGCGGCGUCGAGAUGUGAAGAGGCGCCACUCGGGCACGAGACCACGGAGGCGGGAGCGGCUGCUUCGGGCCCCGAUCUGAGAGGGUACGAGGCUGGGAAGGACGGCAUCGUCGCCGCCACAGGUCUUCCUUCAGUCCCUUUCGUUCCCUCUCCGGUUCAUCCUCUUCCCAUCCCUCGUAUUAGCUGCAAAAAUUCUAAAAAGAUGCGCCUAAUGACGGGUGGCGGAUGUGGGUCCUCUAGGGCCUCGUCGGCCAGAGAAGGAGGGGAGGAGCGAUUGCCGACGAGCGAGGUGGCUCUGUUUGGACCGGCCAUGGUGUUGGCUGUUGACUCCCACCGGUCUUGUCUCCCCCAACCCUUCCAUGGAGCUCGCUUAGCCACCGGCCGGCACAUCUUCUUCUCGCUCACAGCACCAAGGCCAUGUAGCUUACAUUUUAACUGUUAUUGCUGAUUGGAGCCAUUGCUAUUGGCUAUUUAUACAUAAGAUGGAAGGUGAAUUGAGAUUUUUGUGAGGGGAUUGGAUUUUAUCCAGAUGGCUUGCUUCUCGUGAUGAGACUGAUACUAAUGAACUAAUGAAGACAUGAAGGUUGCAUCUUAUCCCCAUUUCCCUUUCUACAUUUACCAUUUAGUCGAUUAACAUACAUUGUACUAUUUCCCUUUCUACAGUUGCCAUUUAGUUGAUUAACAUAGAUUGUACUAUUUUCGAUUAAGCACACUAUGGGUCAAUGAAUGUGGAAUUAGCUACUUUUUAUAUCCCUGGACCAUAUAUAUUACAUGCAUCAGUACUUGAUGGGAAGAGGAUAUGCUUUUGCUUUUUAUUGUUACCCUUAAUUACUACUUUUCUAUGAACCCAAGGUUUAGGUUGCAGGCUCAACUGCAUAUCUAUAUUCUCUGUAUGAAUUUUUUAGCGAGCUUUGAAGUGAAUGUGGUGAUCAAGGCUCUAAUAUGUAUUCUUUAUUUGCAUGAAUGUUGUGUGCAUAUAGGUACUUGCAAUGGAAUCUUUUUCUCAUAGACGAGAAGUACUUUGAAAACAGAUUUUAAAAAUUGAUAUAAUUUUACAAGUGUGCAGAUAGCUGACAAGGCAACAAUGCUAUUGUUCAAAUGUAGUCGAGCCGGGCUUUUGGUGUUUUCGGUGCUAUUGUUCAAAUUUUGCUUUCUUAGAUUCAUUGCAACCAAAAGAUUUGGUAAUAUUUUUUUUCUGGAAACAUGGAUACACUUGUUGGUGUUGUAUACUGGGAUCUGUAAGUAUUGUCAUAGGAAUUUUUUUAUCCUAAGGAUUCACACAGAUUGGAGGGGAAUUAGUAUCUAACAUCUUGUUAAAUGUACACAAACUGGUAUAUCUUCAUGGCUUUUAAGCUAUAUAAUUGUAGAUGAUAAUUUAUGCUUUGAUAAAGUAAUAUCUUACUUCUCGGUGCUUGGAUAAAAUAGUAUAGUUUGCUGAAAAUAUGUUCAUACUUUAUAUCACAGAAGUACAAACUGACAAUCAGCCUAUGGUGAAGUUAAAAGAAGCAAAAGUAUUGUGUGUAUAAUCAUUAGAUUUGUUAAGGUGAAUCAGAUUUAUUUUUGCUGCUGCACGUAGAAUGUAGUUUAUUUUAAUUCCUGUUGCUGCGUUUGGCCCUACAUCUCGAUGGGUGUGGCCGCUCCCUUGUUAGUUUGUUGCUCGAUUUGGUUUGGUCCAAGGUAGGUCGUGUGUUGUCUACGUCUGUAUAUUCGUUGGCUGGAUAAGAAGAUUUUGCAGGUUUUUCUCUAGUUUGGUUGCUUCUGCUCUGAGUGUAGGUUCCUAUGAUUUCUAGACAGUGUAUUGGUUCUAAGGAUUGCUCGGUAGUUUAAAAGUGCUUUGAUUUCCUUCUUGUCUUCACGCACAGACCAUGAAGAUGGCUAGGUUUGCAUGGGCAUGGGGUUUGGUACACCUGGCCUCUAUUUAGAUUUGUUAAUAAAUUCAGUUUAUCACGAACACCAUAAAUGUGUUAUCAGUUUACUAUCUUGGGACAUGAGCUAUUUUUCAGUCAAUGCGUGCCGAGUCCAUUUGGAACUGAAUAUGUAGUGUUUUCUUUGAAACUGAGUAACUGUGGUUGAAAUUUAGUUUCAUUUAGACGAGCUACCCCAAGUAUCAUCAAUUCAUGAUGGCUAAUUUGUUUUGGUUCUUGAUGAAUCGGCCAUGGUCCUGAUUUAAGAGUUUUUAUGUUAUUUCUCCGCCUAUUUGAGCUAUUAUCGUUUCUAUUUAACACACACAAUUGUAGCUGCCCUUUUUGAUUCAGAAAAAUGGUCUUCAUGUCUCUGGUUUGGUUAAACAUUUUCUCAGCAUAUCUCUAUUCAUCAGUCUUAACUCGCAUAACAUCCAAUAUAGUUUGUCUGAUCCAGACUAAAUGUUGGUUGUUGCUAUGUUUUGUGUGCAGUCUAUUUCUCUUCUAUCUUGGUCAUUAAAGAUGUGUGACAAGAAAGAAAUUUCAAAAGGUUGGUUAGGAAACUGAAGCUGCAGCUACUGAAGAGCCAAAGAACAUUCUUGUUGAACAGUCUAAAGCCAAGAGGUAAAGACUCAUAGUCUGUUACAUCCAACCAGUUCAACGAUACAGAUAUGUGAUUCUCAUGUGGUCCUUUCGCUGGAAACUUGCUAAUCUUAGGGGUGCUGCUACUGGUGUAAAAACCGUUUUAUCAAAAGAACUAAAGUAGUAGCUAAUCCAAGCAUUGCAGAAUUGACGCAGAGGUUACGCUAUAUUGGCAUGAAGUCAGAGCAGCGCGUGAAGACUACAUAAGAUAGUUUCUGGUGACCUUCAGUCUAUAUGUCCUAACCAACAGCAGCCACCUUUUAUUUCGUAUCAAUCGAUCCAGUAUCUUUUCCCUUUUGGCGUCUCUGAGCAAGAUAUGUAUAGCCUUUAGAUUUCCGUUCGUGUAUGAUACUACAUGUACACUUUAGACCUCAUUACUGUCUCUGUGGUCAAAAGAAGUUUGUGAUCACUUGUUCUAUAUAUGUAAUCAACUGCCCUUCUACUAAUAUUUUCAGAAGACUAUUUAUGUAUGUUUACACUGGUUAGAGAAAAUCAUCACACUGCCAGCAGCAGUUUUUUAUUUCCA